AUGUCAUCCUUAUUUGCCACUGACAAAUCGUCCAGCAGAAUUCCUUUACUGGAAUCAACCAAUAAUUAUGGAAAUAUUUACAACACUGAUACUACAGCAGCUACAACCACAACUACAACUACCCCAUCAAAGUUAACCAAAAACCAUACCACUUCCUUAUCAACACAAACACCUCCUAGUACUGCCACCACUACUUCAUUGAAAAGAAUGAAUCAAGGGGGAUUUGAUAUAUUUGGGUUUAAUACCCCAUUACGUACUACUCACUUGGAUCCAACAUUUUUAUCGACUAUCAACUUUGAUCUGAAUUUUUACAAUAUGCAAUCAACUUAUUUAUCCCCUGCAUCUUCAUCACCUCAACAACAGCAAGAGCAAGAGCAAGAGCAAGAGCAAGAACAAGAACAACAAAAGCUGCAACAACCACAGUUGACGGAAUCUGGAAAGGAGAAGGGAUCACCUUCAAAUAAGAAGAAAAGGAGACAGUCCAUCACCGGAAAGACUGAGUCUACAACUGGCAUUGAGCCUAGUGCAAACACCACCACCACCACGAAUAAACCAUUCAGCUUAUAUUCCGAUGAAAAACCUCCUUAUUCGUAUGCCACUCUUAUUGGAAUUUCAAUCUUAUCCCAUCCUGAAAAAAGAUUAACUUUAUCAAACAUUUAUCAAUGGAUUUCAGAUACUUUUAGAUUCUAUAAAAAGGAAGAUGUUGGUUGGCAAAAUUCAAUCAGACACAAUUUAUCCCUUAACAAAGCAUUUGUUAAAGGAGAAAAAUCUAAAGAUGGUAAAGGUCAUUUUUGGUGUAUAAAGCCAGGAUUUGAGGAACAAUUUUUGAAAAGCAGAAGUGUUAAAAAAUCGUCAUAUCAUGAGGUUAUGGAUCAAAUUCACUAUGCUACCAAAAUCAAUGCUGCUAUAGCUGCUGCCGCUCAAGCAUCAGCAAACCCAGCUGAGGCCGAAGGAAAAGAAGAGGAGGAAACUAGAACUGUUUCAAAAAAGAGGACGAGAAAACAGCCAAUUACGUUGAUGUCUUCACCUACUUUACCUACUAAAAGGUCACCUGGAGAUGAGCAAAGGGAACAGGAAGCUAGCGAUUCUGAAAAUAACGACAAUGACUAUGGAGAAGAAGAUUUAACUAUAUUGGACCCACCACUUAAAAAAUUCAAGUCGCAGGAGAACAGUAAUGAUAACGCCGAAAACGAGGAUGAAGAAGAGGAUCUGUUAUUUCAAACAUCAACUAAACUGAAAUCGGAUAACAGUUAUUUAUUGGAUUUACCAUGGACAACAAACACGUCCUAUACAGAAUCACCAACUAAACUACCGCCAAUAUCUCAUCUUACAAAUCCAGUCUUGUCAACACCAAAAUCGACACCAAAGGGCAGGUCACGUUCAAGUCACCGGAGCAGUAGCAGCAGCGGAAGCAGCCACCACAACGGCAACAACAACAACAACGUACCUCAAUUUCAUAUAUCUGAAUCACCCGAAAAUCCCUUACUUGCUGGCAAAAACUUGACAUUUACUUCAUCUUUCAGCUGUAAUUCAAACUUUGAAUUAUCGCCAUUGAGAACGAGUGAAACUGGACCAUUGUUAGAGCCAGUGACACCGGCAAAUAACAACUCAAAACGAGGUCAACAUCAGAUAGCUCCGUUAACCCAACAGCUGCAACCACUGCUGGCACUCCUGCUGCUGCUGAAUCAACUUCAAUUUAGCAAUAGUAUAUUUGGAUCAACUUCAAAACUGAUGUUUAUCUUGACUAAAACACCUAAAUCUACAACCACGCCAUUGCGUAAAACACCAACAACAAAUUCAAUAAUUUCCUACCUUGAGGAAUACUUCAGUCCUUUAAAUGACAGCAACCAUCAACAUCAUUUGCACAACCACCAACAACAACACCAGCUACAACAACCACCAAUUCAUCAAUUACAGUAUGCCAAUAAUUUACAUAUUCCCGCCCUGCACCCAUUACAUUAUAUUCAAACACCUCCAUCAACAAGUGCAAACGGAAAUGCAAACCCAACACCGGGUUCGCUCUUGAUGCAACUGACGUUGUUAUCAGCUUCUUCUUCGGCGUCUUCGUCAUCAUCAUCAUCUCACCUGAAGUUGAACAAUGUGGUGGCUAGUAGUACUACUAGAAAAGACAGCGAUGACAGCGACAAUGAAAAGAAUGACAGGUUUGCCAUGUUCCAGUCAAGUCCAAUCUUACGGCGUGGGUUUAGUGAAAAGACCAAGAAUAAGAACUUGAUUCAAGAAUUGCAAAAGUUGCAACGCGAGCUGUAA